UUUAUAGUAUAAAAGCAUCAGAAGUGUUAAAGAAAUAUUACUUGUGAAAAUAUCGCAAAAUUUCAUAAAGUGUAUUAUUCAGUAUAUAUAGAGAAAUCUUUAAAAUAUAAUAUAAAAAAUAAUUAAAUAUAAUUAAAAUAUAAUUUAUAUUUUAAUCAUAACUUAUAUAAUACUCGUGUAUGGAGUUAAGAUAGUAGACGAAUUAUAAAUAAUAAGAGUGCUUAUACCUACAUUUAUGUUUACACCAAAAAUAAAAAAGAUUAACGUAAUACAAUAGUAAAUGCAAUAAUAUAACUCUUUACUAAAAAAUUUGAAAUCUAACAAAAACAUUUUAUUCAUAUAUCUAUUGUAAUAAUAAUAAUCCCAAUGGAGGCCCAUAAUAAAGAUAAAUAUUUUAAGAGUGAUAAAAUAUUAAAUGCUAUAAACAAACUAUUCGUAUCUUUGCAAGACUAUGAAAAAAAAGAAAUUAACCAGAAUUUACACCAGGUCAUAGAUGAAAUAAUUGAAAAAAUGAAAGAAGACACUUUUUUUAAAAAAGUAUUUCAAAGAAAAUUAUUUGGAGGUAGUUUCUAUAAAGGUACAAAAAUUGGUGUACCUGAAGAAUUUGAUAUAGAUAUAAUAAUUAAACUACCUAUUAAUUAUGAAGAUAUAAAAAUAUCUAUAUGUGAGCACAAAGGUUUUAUCAAUAUACACUCUGGUUUAAAUCCAAACAACUUAAUUAAUCCGAAAAUGGAUAGAGAAGUGCUUAAAUUACUUGAUAAUUCGAUGUAUAUUGAUCAAAAUAAAUUUCGUAGUUGGAUGGAAAGCAUUGUAACUAUAACUAUACAUAAUUUACCAAAGAAAGGCAAUAAAUAUUUAUUAAAAAUAAAUAAUACUGAAUAUAUGAUAAGAGUAAUCAAGAGUGGCCCAGCAUUUACAUUUGAAAUAGAAUUUAUGAAUGGCAAAAAAAUUAACGUUGAUUUAGUACCAGUGUUAGAAUUUUCAAAAAAUAUACCACACAUGAGUAAUUUAUCAGAAUUUAAAAUACUUAAAAAACAAAAUUGGUUUGCUAUACCAAAGCCUAUUACAAUUAAUAAACAAAAACAUAUCUGUUGGAGAACAUGUUUUUAUGAACAAGAAAAAGAAAUUCUAUCUAAAAAUGGACAAAUUAAACAAAUAAUAAGAUUGAUGAAAAAAUUAAGAGAUACCAAAAAUUGGAAUAAUAUUGCUAGCUACUAUAUAGAAACAAUUGCUUUAAACUUAUUACAAAAGGACUCAUUGUUUGGGAAAGGAUCAUGUACACUUUCGUUUAUGAAGAUGUUACGUUCCAUGCAUUCUACUCUAAUUCAUCAGUGCUUACCUUAUUACUGGAACAAUGAUUUUAAUCUAUUAUACAAACUCAAUUUAAUAGAAAUAAGAAAUAUUUCAAAUCAAUUGCGGAGAAUCAUUGAACACAUUGAUAGAUCAAUAGAGAAUGAUCCAUAUAUCAUUGCUAAGUGUAUCUUAAAUGAAGAAGAAUAUAAUCAAUUAUAUUUUGAACUAAAUAAGCCACCUUCAGAAACAGAAAACAAUGAGAAUAGUAUCUGCAUGAUAAUUUAAUGAUGAUAUUUAAUAUGAAAUUUCUCUCAUCAAACGAGUUUUUAAAAAAUUACAAGUUAUAUUCAAUUAUAUAUAUAAUAUAUAAUAUUAUUUUUUAUUUUAUAGUAUAUAGUUUUUAUAGUAUUUUAUAUGAAAGAGCAAGAAUUAUAUA